CACAGCCUUCCGUAAGUUCCGUGUGUGUUGCGGAAAAAUCCCUUUUUGGGCGUCCGACCACAUGUGUGAAUAGUGAACAAAAUAUGGUUCUAUUAUGAUUUUAUGUUAAUAGGAGCGUAUUUCAUAGUGAUCGGUACACGACUUCGAUAGAUAAAGUGCGUACGGAUCGUUCAGUGUGCCAGAAAAGUUGGAACAAGACGACGGAAGUGCAUUUUUUUCGAUGUAAAUACGGUCCAACCAGGGUCAGUCCGGUGUGGUACGAGAGGUUCGCGCAUAUUUCCCAGCGUACGACCGUGUGUGUGCGCCACUGGGACGUGUGAGUUACUCGUGAAUAAUUCGACCUUCGCACUGUUCGAUCGGGCCGUUUUCAUCGGGAAAGUUCGUUCGAAAUUAGUGGGUUAACCCCAUCAUGCCGUCGUGUUGAGGGGCAUGGAGGCGCGCUCGUGAUCGUCUGUCGGCGCGGAGCGCGCGCCCGGGCUUACAUAACGAGGGCAGCGGCGGCAUGGCCGCCCGCGUGUCCGCCGAGGGCGCAGGACCCUCUUACGCGUCAGUGUUGAACUUUAGAGGGGGUGACAGCAAUAAGGAGAACAUUGAGGCCGCGCCGGGCGAAGUGUCAGACGCGCCUCCCACCAAGCAGGAUGACGAGGAGGAGGAGGGGUUCGUGCCUGUGAUAUCGCACGGCCGCCGUCCGGGCAAGGGUCGAAGGCACCCGGAGCGUAGGGCUCCGCCCCGCCCGCAGAAGGCGCCGGCCCCGCAGUCGGAGCCGCAGCCGACUCCUGAGCAGCAGCAGCAGUCGUCUGAGAGUCAGCCGAAGAAGUUUGUUGAGGCACCAAUACCUAAAGUGAACCCUUGGCAGACCUCAGACACCCCAUUGCAGGUGCGAGGAGGCAGUACAGGAGUGCCGCCCCCAGCGGCUCCAGCUAUGAUCGAACAGGAGAAGAGAUCUCCUCUUCAGCCUCAGCAGCAAGGCAGAGUGCAGCCAGAACCAGUGGUUGUGUCGGCGCCCGCGCCGCCCAAGCCGGCGAUUGUCAAGGCUCCGAAGCACGCAAAAGUUAAUCAAAAGGCAUCAGAUUUCACAGACAUAGGCGACUGGCCGACGCUCGGCGCGGCUGUCUCCGGAGGCGCGAGGUGUCACUCCACACCGCCUCCCCAUGAUGCUGAUCCCGCUCACCACAAUGGGAAUGCGGAACAGGAUCGCAAACCGCCAGAGGAACCUCAUCAUCAGCAGCCUUCCAAGCCCGAGAAGGUGGAGACGACGCACAAUCACCAGCACAACGACAGGCACCAUGAUAAACACCUUGACAAGGCUAAGAGUUCAGGGGCCGGCAAGGGCGGCAGCAAGUCGGGCAAGCACAAGUGGGUCCCGCUAGACAUCGACGUGAAAGCCGCGCGCCCCGGCAAGCACGGGCCCCAGCAUUCCACCAGGCCUGAGAAUGACACAGUUUCCCUAAACGGCGAGGACUCGCGGUCCCGCGGUGCCGCGCGGUCUCGCGGAGCCCGCGGAGGAGCACGCGGCGGUCGGCGCUCCGCCCCGCGCCCCGCGUCCGCGCUGCCGGCGCUGCCGCCGCACCACCACGUGUAUCAUCACGCUCAUGACUUCCCUCACCAUCCGGAUUUGGCUCAGCUGCGGGUCUCAGCGGGCGGGGUGGCGCAGGUGGUGGUCCCGUUCGGAGGCCUCGCGACCAUCGGGGCUCCGCUGGCGCCUCCACUGGCGCAGGCCUUCUACUAUGGAGCUGCGGCCGCUACGGCUGCGCCAUACGGGAUUGGACUUGAUCAUGCUACGUUAAAGGAUCUUAUUAAGAAGCAGAUCGAAUACUACUUCAGUCCGGACAACUUAGCCCGGGACUUCUUCCUCCGUCGCAAGAUGAGCGCGGACGGCACAAUCCCCGUCACGCUCAUAGCUUCCUUCCAUCGCGUCCGAGCUUUGACGCCCGAUGUGCAACUCGUGCUUGACGCUAUACGGGACUCCGAUAAACUGCAGCUUAUAUCUGGAUUCAAGGUCAGAACAGCAUUCGAACCAACAAAAUGGCCGAUACUAGACAUAACAUCAGGCACAAACGCCGAAGAGGAAAAGUCAACCCAACCCGACGAAAAGCCGAAGUCUUCCGAAGAUAAACCGAAGACGCCCGAAGAUGACGUCACAGUGGAAACCACGAAGGAAGAGGCGCCCAGUAUAGAGACGAAAGUUGAUAGUGUGGAAAUUGAGAAGGUGGUUGAGAAACCUGUUGAGAAGGUCGAAGAAGUUGCUGUGGUUGCGGCUGUUGAAAAUGUUGAGCCACAACCAACAAAAACAGAAGAAACAAGCAAUAAGCCCGAUUCCGAAGUAAAAGAUGAUAAGCCACUUGAUAAACCUGAGUCACCUACAGGCGAUAAGCCAGUCGAUCCUGCCGACGAUCCGCCUUUACAGUCAGAAGGCGGUGAUGAAAAACCAGGAGAGAAACGACGCAAGAAGCAAAUGGUGGGCAUAUUCCCUCUGCCCACGAUGGGAGGUCCGCUAGUGGCGCCCGUUUCUUCUCUGCUCAGAGCCGUACCGCCGCCACCCUUACCCAGAAUGUUCCGCACGGGUCGCGGCGGCGCGGGCGCGGGCGCGGCGCCUCACGACCCGCUCAACCCCGACGUGCCCGAGUUCGUGCCGCUCGCCAAUAGGCAUGAAGAGUGCAACGACAAAUCAGACAGUCAGGACGACAGACCGGCGUCAGGCAACUCGAGUCCGAAUUCGGAACAAGUUUGGACUGAGGUAAAAAGGCGCACAAAAGCGGGUUCCCGCGAGCGGGCCGCAGCUCCGGCCGACGCUGAACAACGCGAGGAGCUGCACUUUCAGCUCGACGAGGAGCUAGACCUGCCGCCGCCGAGGCACAACACCUUUACUGACGCUUGGUCUGAUGACGAAUCCGACUUAGAGUUCACGGACCGCGACGUUGGGCGGCUGCUGAUUGUGACGCAGACGCCUGCUCGCCCGCCCAAGCACGACGGACACGACCGACAGGGCGACUGGAAUACUAGGACCAAGAUCACACAGGAUUUGGAGCAGGUUAUCACAGAUGGACUUAGACGAUAUGAAGAAGAUUUGUGGAACGAUACGGAUUAUCCCUCGUCAUACGGCAGCGGCAACCAAUACCGCACCGUGUCUCUCAUCAGCCGGUCGGCGUUCGAAGCAGCCGUGCCGGCCGAGCGGCAUCACAACCCGGCCGAACCGCCGCCGCCCCCACCCAGGCCGCAACAGGUGGAACAACAUGAGCAGACGAAUAAGUCGAAGCGGCCGCGUCGCACGGCUCGCUUCUACGCCGCCAACAAGGACCCACAUGCUACCGAUGUUAUAAGUAGCCGCAAGCACAAGACUCGUCACAGCCUCAACCCGCCGGUGGAACACCACGUGGGAUGGAUCAUGGACAUCCGUGAACAUAGAGCCAGGACGCAUAGUACUGGCUCGUCACUGGGAACAUCACCGACGCUGGGCUCGUCUUGCGGCUCCAUGCCACAGUCGCUGCCGACCUUCCACCACCCGAGCCACGGCCUCCUCAGGGAGAACCACUUCACGCAGCAGGCCUACCACAAAUAUUACUCGCGCUGUCUUAAAGAGCGCAAGAAGCUGGGUAUCGGCCAGUCACAAGAAAUGAACACCCUGUUCAGAUUCUGGUCGUUCUUCCUCAGGGAUCAUUUCAACCGCAACAUGUAUAAUGAAUUCAGAUCACUAGCGAACGAAGACGCUUCGGCCGGUUUCCGCUACGGUCUCGAGUGUCUAUUCCGCUUUUACUCGUACGGGCUCGAGCGCAAGUUCCGGCCCGAGCUCUACCAGCACUUCCAGAUCGAGACCAUCGCUGAUUAUGAGAAAGGUCAACUAUACGGCCUAGAGAAAUUCUGGGCGUUCCUAAAGUACUACAAGCACGCGGGUGCUCUACAAGUGGACUCCAAGCUGCAAGGAUACCUGGAGAACUUCCAGAGCAUCGAGGACUUCAGAGUUUUGGAGCCGCAGCUGAACGAGCUGCUGGCAGCGGCCGGGCCGGCGGCGCCGGGGCGCGGGCCGCACGCGCGUCCGUAUGAUCGCACCCGCUCGGUUUCUGAAAGCGACCGCGCCGCCAUCGCGCAUAGGGCUGCCAGCAAUAAGUACGUGGGCGGCAACCGUCCUGCCGGCAACAACAACAACAACCGCGGCCGCGCCGGCUCCUGCGGCGCUCAGAGCGUCGUCGCCAAUGCUAGGCCUAGACCAACGCCAAAAACGAAGCAAGAAGAACCGAAACAGCUGUCAGCGAAACAGUGAUUGUUGUACAUACUACAGACUAAUUGUGCGUUGUGCUUAACACCGUAGUUAAACGUUAAUCGGAUGCAUUUUCUUUUUCUAUAUAUAAAUAAAUAAAUAAAGUUAAAAACAAACUCUAUUCAUAGUGCUGUGACACUCUGUGGUUUGAAGCGUCACUCGAUGGUUAUAUGCGGAGCCUAGCUUAUAUGCAUUGACAAUAAGCAACGCUAUGCUCUAUGUUCACGCGUUAUCAAUUUGACAUCUAUAUAGCUAGAGUAAGUACUACCAUAUAAACGAUAUAUAUAUUUAUAUAUUUUUGACAUUGUAUAAAAAUAACGACAUUCAUCUUGAUAAAAUUCAAAAUGACAUAAAAAAAAUGAAUAUUCUGUCGUAGUCUUUGGUAGGUUAAGUAUUUUUUAUCUGUGGCGACUCUGGUGCUGCGACAUCGACAAUCCUCGCAUUUUUUUGUUUAUCCGCCAUUUUGGUAUCUCGAGUUGUCGUGAGUCUCGAGGUUUUAGAAAUAAUUACUCAUACGAGUUGCUUCUUUAAAAAGCUUGAGUGGGAUUAUAGUUGAGUGUAUUUCAGUAAUUACUAAGUGUUUGUAUGUAUAAGUCGGGUUAAAUAUAAUGAACUCAUACUUGAGUCGUACUCACUCAAGUUUUUGAAGCGAAUUCAAAGUUUGACUCACUCAUUUUUCACCUCGAAUCGUGUGUGAGUGGGACUCUAACGAGUGAGUUGACACUCACACUCGGAACUCACACACUCACUCUAAAUACAAUUGUUUGGAUCUCUAGAUAAAGGAAAACAAACUAGACUGUAUGCAGCAAUCAUAAAAAAAGUGUUUUUUAUAACCUGUACAGCCGUGUUAUUGUAAAAAAAAAGAUGUAUAAUUGACAGAAGACUGGAAUUAAAGUUCAGAAUUGCGAGAAAAAAAAUUACAUGUAGAGAGAUUGGGUAUUCAUAGCACGAUGUUGAAAAUACUUAAUGAAUUUAUUUAGUAUACUCUUUUGUUUUGAAAUGCGGACUUUGGCGAUGCGAUUCGAGCAUGCUUUUAGGUAUUUAGAAUUCUAGUAAUUCUCAGAUGCAGCUAAAAUUUCAUCUCACGUAAAUAGUUUACUUCUUUCAUCAAUUUGUAAGUUGUCUUAACAGUUCUGAUAUUUUGAUGUUCUCAAAAGGGAUUGCUAGUCAUCCUAUAUUAUUCUAGUUCUAUCAAGCAAGCAAGAACAUGAAUCUAUCUUUGACAAAGGGCUUGUAAGACUAGCUAACCUGUUGUCCGCACUUUAAAAAUAUGUCUUAUCGUUAAUUGCACAAAGUUCCAUUAAAGUUAAAGCUUCAUUAAAUCUAUUGCUGUCACUUUUUAUCUGGUUGACAAAGAAAGAGUCAGCAAUAAAUUUAAUGCAGCUUUGUGCAACUGACUGACUGAAUAUUUAGUGUCUGACGCAAAAAGUUUUGAAAAUUUACACGACAGAUGUCAUAUUAGAAUUCUAUUUAUCCAAAAGAUGUUUUACUAAAAUCUAACAGUUACGCCAACGUGUCCGUCAAAUACUGCCACUUGUAUUUAAUAACUCUGAGCACACAGUUACUUUAGUUCUUAACCGCGUUUUUAACUGUUGGAAAUAAAACGUUUGUUCUAACUGUACAGUUAAACUUUGUAGUUUUAUCAACGAAAUAUAUUUGUAUAGGAAUGUUUAAACAACUCGAUUCGACAAAGAGUUGUUAUGCAGAACAGUUUUGAAAAAGGUUUGGUUACGAAUGUACACUGUCAAUUCAGUGGGUACAUUAAUGUCUGUAUCUAUUAAGACGUGUAUUCUGGCUUAAUUUGUUACUAAGCAAAACCAGUAAUACAAAAACCAUACAGAUAUUUGUCGUAAUCGAAAUAAAGCUUUACAACUAUGAUAUUAAGACUCAAAUUGCAAAAGGGUUUCAUACAUUUUAAAAACAAAACAAAAGUGUAUGAAGCACCCCUUUCGUGUCGUGGUUGAAACUGUUCUGAAUCCCGUCGGAACCGAGACUCAAGUCCCAUAAGGGCAAACUAUAGGCUGAUUAUAUUAUAAAGUUAAAAGCAAAUCAUAAACUUUGGUGCUAUUAUGUAAAAUUGUUUGAGACAACCGUUUUAUUUCCAAUACAUAUUGUGAAGUGAUUUUCAAUUAAUAACUUAGUACAGUUGCGUGCAAAAAUAUGUAUACGGUUAGUAGAAAAGCGACGUUGACACAUGUCGGUCCUGCUUUUGAUCUCUCUCCGGUGGUGUCGGAUUGUCGUCCCAUCGCGCCAUGAGAGUGAAGGAAUAGUGAGUGCACCUGUGUCCAAGCAAAUGCUCGUGCACUAAUAUGUCCUGUGCAGUUGGCUGAUUUCCUUGUAUGAGAACAGCCGCCGUGGCUGAUAAUCGGAUGAUCGGAUUUUUGCAUGUCACUGUAAAUUUUUUCGUGUUGCUACCAAAUAUUAUUUGGCAGUAAAUACACGUUUAGUUUUCGUUUAUUUCACAAAAAUGAGAAAGAAGUCAAGUGACAUGGAAUGGAUUUUUCAGAAUGGAUUAGAAUGACGAAAUAUAGGCCAUCGGAUAUGUGUUGUGUUAAAGAAAUUAAAUUAUCACCUUUAACAUGACAUAAAUAAGGAAAGAUAAAGAUUAAAGAUGAAGGCUGAUAGAAUGACAAAGGAAAUUAUAAAAAGUUAAUUGAAAAUCAUUUCACAAAUCGAAAGUUUUAAACUAACUUGCUCAAGUUUUUUCUUUUAUGUAUGAGUGUGUUUGUGGUAUGUUCAAAGUUGAAAUCCGAAUUGAAUUUAGAGAAUGUCAACAGCGGCCUUAAUAUACUAAUGAAGAAAAUAUGAAGUUUCCAAAUAUUUUUGUCUUGCAGUGUAGUGCUUUGAAAUUCUUGCCAGGUUAUCAGGUUUUUUUACAUUUUCAUAUUAUUUGUUCUACCAAAUAAUAGUUUGAAUGAAGUCAGAUUGUUUUUCAAUUUCGGUUAUUUAAUUUCUCCUAUCCAAAGGUAUUUUUUUUAAUUCUUGCUGCCGACUGCAUGGAGUCGCCGCAGCUGCACUACUGGUUUGUAUGUGUUUACAUGAAACCGUUUUGGAUCGAAGCGGCAGCAGCACGUGCAGUCGCUGCCAGAUAUCGAUGACAGAUGUCAGAUAUUGAUGACAGAUGUCAGAUGGCAGCAAGAAUUGAAACUAACCUUUUUAGAAUACACGAAUACAGAUUGAUGCUUUAAUCUUAAAUAUAUCAUGUUCGUUAGUAAUAAUGUGAGAGAAAGAUAUUUCAAGUUUCUGUAAAAUCGAUUCGGAUUGAAUACCUAGCCAAUAAACGUUAUAAUAAAUAUUUAAAAAUACUGUAUAGGAUUCAUAUAAACGAAUGUUGGUGUGCGAAAUGGCUCCUUUUAAUUAUUUUUUCGUAGUAUUUAAGUGUGCUUUUAUUUUUUAUUAUUAUUUUUUUUUGUUGUGCAGUGUGUACGUGGUAUGUCUUUAGAGAAAAAAAAAGAAAAAAUAGACAAAAAAAAUGGCUGCUGAUAAGUCGUUAGAAAUACAGCUUUCACCCGUUAAUAUUCACCGAUUGUAAAGUAUUCACUGAAAAAAAGCUUUUUACAGAAACCCGUUGUUAUAUUAUACAUAGGUUAUAAAUAUUUUUGUAAUUGCGACAUACCGCGCACCCAUUGCAAUUUGUUUAAUAAUAUAUAUGUAUACCUACACUAGGAUUAAUGAGUAAAAUAAAAAAAAAAUACAUGUAGUCUGCUUAGAUCGCUUCGACCCGAUGAUAUAGUUCCUAUACGCGAUUAUGAUUAAAUAUGUUUUUUUAAGGUCUUGAUAAAAAAAAAAAAGUUAGUUGGCAUAGAAACCUUGAUUUUUUUAACUUGUAAAAAUAAUUAUAACUGUGAUUUUUUUGGCUACAGCUGGAGGUAUUAAUUUUUUGCUUUUCCUAUUGGUUUUCAAAAUAUUUUAUAAAAAAUCCGUGUUUAGUUUGCAAUAAAUGACUACUUCUUGAUGCGGACAAUACGGAUGCAUAUUUUCAAAACUUAUGUUUAAAACGGAGAGUCAAAAUGCUACUUUUUCGAUCCGAAUUUUCAAGUCUCAAAAUCUAAGGUUUCUAUGUCAACAUAAAACCAUUUAUUUCCUCCCGUCCUUUAAAAAUAGAAGCAUUUUAAUUAAUGUUAACCAUAGUUAAAUUUGUAAUUCAUUUUUUGUAUUGAAACAAAUAUAAUUGAAGCGAUCGAUAGCUGAGCGUCGCAUUUAUAUGUGGGACACACAAACUAUGUAUUACCGUUACUGUUACAGCCUUUUUAUCGUCCCACUGCUGGGCACAGGCCUCCUCUCACAUGGAGAAGGAUUGAGCAUUCAAUUGUUUAACUAUGUAUUAAUGACGAGAAAUAGCUAGAUUUUCGAAAGACCAUGUUUCUUAAUAACUUCUCUGUCCUAUGAGUCAAAUGUGAUACACAUCGAUUGUUUACCUUAUGUGUCUGCUUCGUAUGGACAGUGAAGUGGAUAACUCCUAUUGAAAAUUAUUCAUAUUUUUGUUUUUGAAAUUGAAAUGUGAAAGCUAGUAUUUUUUUUUUUCAAUAGAUCUUUGUGAUUGGUUGAAAAUGCAUUUUGUAUCGGUUUGGAUAUUUAAUACUGAGUGUUAAUAUUUGAGAAUAAUUCUGAAAAUAUCGUCAUUUAUUUUGGUAAUCGAAGGGCUUGUGAUGCACUAAUUUAUAUUCUUUUAUUUGAAUUAAAUAAUGAAGAAUAGUCAGUCCUUUAGCUGCAUCAUUUGACUGUUUUCAUGAGAAAAAAAUGUUUCGUACUUGUCUUUUCAAAAUAGUGAAGAAGUCCAAAAUAUUUUGCAAAUCCACUCUCUACAGUCACCACUUACUGUUUAUAUCUGGCAAAAUUUGCCACAGUUUUCGCUUAAUUGCCAUCGUGAAAAUACAUAAAAUAAGUAUGUAUUUCUUAAAACAACUAUUUAGUUUGAAAAUUGAACGUGAAAAUUCAUAGUAAACAGAUGUUUUAAGAAUACUGACAAUUAUGUUGUUUGUUAAGUUGUCGUGCAUUUCAGAAUUAUUGCCAAAUGUCUAGUUUCCCGCGUAUAAAUGCGACGCCAUGGAAUUCUUAUGGCGGGAUAAUCGUUAAGUUGUUUUUAAGUUAAUUCGUUGCAAUUUUUUUUUUUCGUAUUGUAAGUGCGCCAAAGGUGUUGAAGACAAAGUGUUGAAAGGAUAACACUUAGGUUUACUGUAUAAAUGAAAAAUAUAAAAAAAAUAUCUUGCUAGUAAAGUUUAAGGCUUGGUAAUAUUAUUGAUGCUAUGCAGUAUGGUGGACGGACGCCAUUUUAGACGCUUCAAAGGUGUCUAUGAUUACUUCCGUCCCCCAAACUGUAGGUGACCAUAAAGUAGGUUCAAUAUCUCCAGUGCAUUAAAUAUUUUGUUGUCGAUUUUUUUUUCGGUAAAAAAAAAAAACUUUGGUUGUUGUAAAAUAAUUAAAUAAAAAAAAUAAUUGCGUAGAUGUUUCAAAAAAAAAUUAGUCAAUGUAGGUAGGGUUAGUUCAGAAAUUAAGUAAAAAUUGUUUUUUUUUUUAAGAUUUGCUUCGUCGGAGUGACGUAGACAGUAUGUAUUUGAUUCACGAGUUUUUAAAAGAAAUUUGCAUUUUAGCUAACACUGUCUUGUCGCCGGACGUGGUAAGUAAGGCUGUAAGUUAAAUAUACAUAUUAUAUUUGAAGUAAAUAAAUUAAUAAUAAAACCACA